AUGUUAUCCCUGGACUUGGAUCAGCAGCAGCCAAAGCAGCAGCGAACCGGCAAUCACGCUGUGGCCGUUGAUCUGAACGUCAGCGAGACGCGUUACUCUGACGAUGCGACGAUUAUCGGCGACAUUUGCGACAAGGAGGAAGGACUGCUGCUGCUCGCAGCGGCACGCGACAGUCGCGAGGAUGGCGGCGCAUCGGCGGCAGAAGCGACAGCCGCGGGCGGUGACCACCGCAGCAGCAGCGGUUGCGCUGCUGCUGCUGCUGGUGCUGAUGAUUUCGAGGAGAGGGAGGAGGAGGAGGAGGAGGAGGAGGAGGAGGAGGAGGAGGAGGAGGAGGAGGAGGAGGAGGAGGAGGAGGAGGAGGAGGAGGAGGAGGAGGAGGAGGAGGAAGGCGAGGGAGACGAUGGAGAGCUGAGCCCGUGGUCAGCGCUGACGUUCGCAUGGGUGACCCCCACAAUGCGCAUGGACGCGCGCAAAACGCUGCAGCUGGCAGGCCUCCCCCCGCCCCCCCGCACCUGCCGCGCGGAAUGGCUGGACGCGCAAACGGCGCGCUUGCAAGGGGAGGGGCGGAAGGAGGAGGAGCACUGGGAAGGGGAGCAGGGGACAAGGGGUGGGUGGCGGGGAAGCGGUGAGACGGUGUUGACGGGCGGAUGGAGGGAUGGUUGCGCCGAAAGUGCGGAGGCCGGCGUUGGUCGGAUGGAUGGUGCGGCGAGGCAUCUUAAAACUCGGGCUGAUGGGGGGAUGGUUGCCCCCAGGGGCACGCGAUGGUCUCGUGCGAUCGCCUACCUCAAAGCGUGCGGCAGCAGCAACAGCAGCAUCGCGGGGCAACCCGCGGUCAUGGAAGGUUACCUCACGGCAGCAGGGCUGGGGGCAGUGUCGGUGGUGCUGGCUGUGCUGCUAGCAGCAGCGCCCAUAGGCGCGGGGCAGCUGCUGCUGCGCCUGCCCCUGCCGCUGCUGCUCAAUUCCUCGCGCUGCUCCGCGCCCUUCCCCCGCCUCCCCCUCUCCCCACGCCUCCCCCUCUCCCCCGAAGGCGACCUUGCCGCCUGCCUGCUGCUGCUGCAGCAGCAGGGGGAGGGGGGCGAGCCGGGGAAGGGAGUGGCGGAAGGAGAGGGGGAAGCUGCGGGGGAGGGAGAGGGCGCGGGGGAGAGCUGGGGAGCGCAAGUGGCUCCUGCUGUGCUGCCGGCGCUGCUGGCGUCCCGCACGGCCCACCUGCUGCCCAUGCUCAGAAUCGACCUCCCCCACCUGCCCCUCCUCCACCAGGUCCGCCCUCCCCCUCGGUCUGCCCCAUUGCCCCCUCCCAUCGCCCCAUUUCCCCCUCCCAUCGCCCCAUUUCCCCCUCCCAUCGCCCCAUUUCCCCCUCCCAUCGCCCCAUUUCCCCCUCCCAUCGCCCCAUUUCCCCCUCCCAUCGCCCCAUUGCCCCCUCCCAUCGCCCCAUUUCCCCCUCCCAUCGCCCCAUUUCCCCCUCCCAUCGCCCCAUUUCCCCCUCCCAACGCCCCAUUGCCCCCUCCCAUCGCCCCAUUUCCCCUUCCCCCCGUGCAGCUGGUGUAUCGCAACUCCAAGCCAUCUGGUGCAAAGGCUGUUGCUGACACCUGGCGGCAACUGACAGUGUAUGCGGGGCAGGCGCGCAAGCAGGCAGGGGAGCACAUGAUGACCAUCCCUCGAGCGCUCUUCCUGGCCACAGACAAGAUGCUGCAGGACGGAGUGCCCUACCAGGGGCCUGUCUGGUCCACCGGCAUGGCCGCUGCAUGGCUGUGUCGUGAGAUGGUGAAGGGCAGGGAGUCGUUCUGGUGGCCGUACCUGCAGUUCCUGCCUCCCUCUGUCGGCCUGCCGUUCUUCUUCAAGCCGGAAACGCUGAUGGAGCUCGACUCGCCUGCUUUUGUACAGAAGAUAUCCACCCAUCUGAACAACUACCGGUCGGAGUACAACCGCAUUGCACCGCACUUACGUGCCAACACCACUUUUUUUGAGUACCUGUGGGCCGUCUCCAUCAUCAACUCGCGCGCCUUCGGGGACCAGACGCGCGGUAACACGGUUACCGUCAUGGUGGAGGGCAAGGAGCAGGAGGUGCCUCUGGCGAGCGGGCCCUUAGCGCUCGUGCCGAUAGCGGAGCUGCUGGACCAUGAAGACAUGUUCCAGGCUCAGUAUGAUAUUCAAGCAUCACAGUUUGAGUUCAUAGCUUUGAUGCCAUUCACCAAGGGCGCCGAGCUGUUCACGUCAUACGGCCCCAAGGUGAACGAGGAGCUGCUGCUGGGCUACGGCUUUGUGCUGGACGGCAACAAGCAGGAGAACGUGCUGCUCUUCCGCACGCUGCUCGAUGCAGUGAACCUGGUCGCCCUCGUCCUGCACCACGACGCCGCCCGCCCCGGCGAGUGGGUGGCGGGCCCGGGCGGCUUGGGUGGGGCGGCUGGAAAGGGCGGCAAGGCAGGGGAGGUUGGGGAUGUGAGUGAGUGUCACGAGGGGAGUGAGGGAGAGGGAGAGGAAGAGGAGGAGGGGAAGAAACGGACAUGUGCAGCGAAGUACGGGGAUGAGGCUGUGGAAGGUGGUGGUGCGGCUGUGAGUGCAGAGGCGGGCAGCAAAGGGGAUAGGGAGCUGAAGCAGGGCUUGGCACGCAUCUGGGGAGAAGGGCUGGGUGACUGGCUGGUCAACGAGGGUACUGAUGGUGAUGCGGAUGGUGAUGCAGAUGGUGAUGAUGAUGAUGAUGAUGAUGAUGAUGAUGAUGAUGAUGAUGAUGAUGAUGAUGAUGAUGAUGAUGAUGAUGAUGAUGAUGAUGAUGAUGAUGAUGAUGAUGAUGAUGAUGAUGAUGAUGAUGAUGAUGAUGAUGAUGAUGAUGAUGAUGAUGAUGAUGAUGAUGAUGAUGAUGAUGAUGAUGAUGAUGCCAAGGCAGUAGAAGCAAUUGCCAGGGAGCGUGCAGAGGCAGAGAAGCAGUUCGUGCACGUGGGGGCCAUGCCUCAGUACUUGGCUCGGCAGGAGAUCAGGAGGGAGAGCGAGGCAGACGAGGUGGAUGGCGGAGUGGAGGUGCUGGCAGGGAAAUACAAGGACCCCAGUUUUGGCGUGUCUGUGUGGCGAGGAGGGAUUGUGGAGCCCAACCUGCUAGCUGUGUUCGCUGCUGUGUGGUACUACCUCAAGCACCAGUCAGGGGAGGAGGGGAUGGGGGGAGGACGAGGGAUGAGAGAGGCGAGCAACGGGGUGUGUGUGUGGUUAGGAGUAGCGGCAGGGGUUAUGGAGGGAGAGAGCGAGGCGGACGAGGUGAAUGGCGGAGUGGAGGUGCUGACAGGGAAAUACAAGGACCCGAGUUUCGCCGUGUCUGUGUGGAGAGGUGGGAUCGUGGAGCCGAACCUGAUGGCGGUGUUUUCUGCUGUGUGGUACUAUCUCAUGCACCAGUCAGAGCCCCCGGCCGACAUGGCCAAGUCAGUGCUGUAUCUGGGCUGGGGAGGGUCCAACAGUGGCUGUCGGGACCCACAUGUUGAUAGCCAAAUCAUGCAUUCACCCCUCACUCUUUCUCUGCUCUCUCCCCUCCCUCCGUCAGAGCCCCCAUCGGACAUGGCCAAGUCAGUGCUGUACCUGGGCUGGGGGCCCCCAUCGGACAUGGCCAAGUCAGUGCUGUACCUGGGCUGGGGGGUGAGCAACAGCGGCUGUCGGGACGUGGCCUCUCCCUUCUCCAAUGUGCUGCCCGCCCUGCAAGCAGCGGCCGACACCGUUCGUCUGCUAGCGCAGGCGCGGCUGCAGCAGAUGCCGACCAGCAUAGAAGAGGACGAAGCGAUCCUGAGGGAGCUGGAGCGGUGCAAGAGCGGCGGGAAGGCGGGGGAGAGGGAGAAGGAGGGGGUGAAGGGUGGGAAAUUGGGCAAGGAAGGAAAGAAGAAGGUGGCGCAGAGCAAGCAGCAGCACAAGGAGAAGUUGACAAGCGUGGAGGAGGAAGUUUCUGCGAAGCGUCUUAGCCGGCGCCGGCGCCGGCGUGCUGUUAGCGAGGGGAGGAUCAGCGACGACUACAGUGAUGAUGACAACAGCGAGAGUGACAACAACGAGGAGGAGGGGACGGAUGCUGAUUUCAAGAGCAGGAGCGAGGAAGAGGAGCCGAUGGACUGCGACGCGUGGGAGAGAGAGCAGGCCAGCGGGGAGAGCGAGGAGGAAGGCAGCGGGUCGGAGAAUGGGAACAUCGGCGGCGGUAGUAACGGGGGUGCGAAGAGGAUGACUGUGAUGGGGGUGCGGUGUGGGUGUGAGGAGCUGAGGGCUGAGGCGGAUGAGCGGAUGGUGGCGGUGCGAUUCCGGAAGGCCAAGAAGGCGGUGCUGAAAGAGGUGGUGGACCGGCUAAGAAAGGUGUGCCCUGCCUCCCCCACUGCUUUCCUCUGA